AUGUCGAAGAAGCCGCUGGAUGAAACUUUCAAAGGCCGUAGCGUCAGUCGAACCUUGAUAGAUGUCGGAGAUAAUAAUACCAUCCUGGGCAUAUGCUGGGAGUAUAUGGUGACGUUGACCCCGGUGAAAUUUAGAAAUUUGGACCGGGGUCACACCCAGGGGAGACCAGCCAGUACGUCGAAAUCCUACACGUUUAUCACAGCCAGACUCAUCAACGAAAACAAGCUGAUCGGACCGAAACUGUGA